GCCGGGCGGGAGGAGCCGCCGCUGGGGCUUGAGGCGGUCGUGGAGGAAGCGGCGGCGGCUGCGGCAGCGAGCGCCGGGUUCCGGCUCACGGCGGUGCGGCGAGAGCCGGCGGUGCGGCUGCAGCACGGCGCCAGCGGGCUGGAACCGCUGGCCUGGUCCGAGGAUCACCGGGUGUCGGUGAGCACGGCCCGCAGCAUCGCCGUGCUGGAGCAGCUCAGCGACGUGCACAGCGGCGGGCAGGACAUGGUCAUCCACCGCACCGCCGUGCCCGCGCCCGCCGCCGCCUGCAUGCUCAAGGUGGGCCCAAAGAAGGAGGUGGCUGAGUGCAAGGAGAAAUUCGCCAGCUCAGUGGAUCCCACCGUCAGCCAGACCUUCAUGCUGGACCGAGUGUUCAACCCCGAGGGGAAGUCCCUGCCGCCCAUGCGCGGUUUCAAAUACUCCAGCUGGUCCCCCCUGGGCUGUGACGCCAACGGGCGCUGCCUGCUGGCUGCCCUGACCAUGGACAACCGCCUGAGCAUCCACGCCAACCUCAACCGGCUGCAGUGGGUGCAGCUGGUGGAUCUGACCGAGCUGUACGGGGAGCGCCUGUUGGAGGCUGGGUACAGACUCUGCAAGGCCGACACUCCCUGCGGGGAGCUGGGGGAUUUCCCUGAGUUCCAGCGGAGGCACAGCAUGCAGGCCCCCGUGCGCAUGGAGUGGUCGGGCAUCUGCACCACCCAGCAGGUGAAGCACAACAACGAGUGCCGGGACGUGGGCAGCGUGCUGCUGGCCGUGCUCUUUGAGAAUGGCAACAUUGCUGUGUGGCAGUUCCAGCUGCCCUUCCUGGGGAAGGAAUCCAUCACUUCCUGCAACACCAUCGAGUCGGGAAUAAGCUCCCCCAGCGUGCUGGCGUGGUGGGAGUACGAGCACAACAACCGCAAGAUGAGCGGGCUGAUCGUGGGCAGCGCCUACGGCCCGGUGAAGAUCAUCCCCGUCAACCUCAAGGCGGUCAAAGGCUACUUCACACUGAGACAGCCCGUGGUGCUGUGGCAGGAGAUGGACCAGCUGCCCGUGCACAGCAUCAAAUGCAUCCCUCUCUACCACCCCUACCAGAAAUGCAGCUGCAGCCUGGUGGUGGCUGCCAGAGGCCCUUACGUGUUCUGGUGCCUGCUGCUGAUAUCCAAAGCGGGGCUGAACGUGCACAACUCCCACGUGACGGGGCUGCACUCCUUGCCCAUUGUCUCCAUGACUGCAGACAAGCAGAACGGCACGGUGUACACCUGCUCCAGCGAUGGCAAGGUCAGGCAGCUCAUCCCCAUAUUCACAGACGUUGCUUUAAAGUUUGAGCACCAGCUGAUAAAGCUCUCGGAGGUGUUUGGCUGUGUCAGGACUCACGGGAUUGCUGUCAGCCCCUGUGGGGCGUACCUGGCAGUCAUCACCACUGAGGGCAUGGCCAACGGGCUGCACCCUGUCAACAAAAACUACCAGGUUCAGUUUGUCACCCUCAAGACUUUUGAGGAGGCAGCUGCACAGCUCUUGGAAUCUUCUGUUCAGAAUCUUUUCAGGCAAGUGGACUUGACGGAUCUCGUACGCUGGAAAAUCUUGAAGGAUAAGCACAUUCCUCAGUUCUUACAGGAGGCACUGGAUAAAAAGAUAGAGAGCUGUGGUUCCACUUAUUUCUGGAGGUUUAAGUUGUUUCUCUUGAGGAUUUUGUACCAGUCGAUGCAGAAAACCCCCUCAGAGGUCACGUGGAGACCUUCACACGAGGAUGCCAAAAUCUUGAUAUCAGAUUCCCCUGGGAUGGGCAGCACUGAAGAUGAUCAGGAGGAAGGAACCUCAAAACAAGCCAGCAAGCAGAGCCUGGGGGACACAGGCAAAGGUGUGGACAUUGAUGACACUGCAGAGGAUUCUCUCCAUCAGUCAAGUGACUCUGGAGGCCGUGAGCCAAUGGUAGAAAAGCUUCUUGAAAUACAGGCACAGAUUGAGGCUGUAGAAAUGCACUUGACACGAGAGCACAUGAAACGGGUGUUGGGAGAAGUUUACCUGCACACGUGGAUUACAGAGAACACCAGCAUUCCCACCAGGGGAGUCUGUGACUUCCUCAUGUCUGAUGAUGCCUAUGAUGACAGAACAGCACGAGUGCUGAUUGGGCACAUCCUGAAGAAGAUGAACAAGCAGACCUUCCCUGAGCACUGCAGCUUGUGCAAGGAGAUCCUGCCCUUCACCGACCGCAAGCAGGCCGUGUGCUCCAACGGCCACAUCUGGCUCAGGUGCUUUCUAACCUACCAGUCCUGCCAGAGUUUGGUGUACAGGAGGUGUUUGCUUCACGACAGCAUUGCACGGCACCCAACCCCAGAAGAUCCUGAAUGGAUCAAGAGGUUAUUGCAGGGACCUUGCACCUUCUGUGAUUCUCCUGUGUUCUAGAGAAAAGCUGGGUCAAGACUGAAAGCAUUUUCUCUACUGCAUAAGCUCCCUUCAGCUGGGAGGAUACAGGGAC